UUUGGUAAAAAAUGACGGCUGCAUUAGAUACGUGUUCGUGUCGUUUAUGAUAUUUACGAGAAAAAGUAUUAGUCUAGUACAAAUUUUAGUAAUAUUAACUGUAUAAAGUAAGAGUUAAAGCUAAAAAUAAGUGGAAUAUUAAAUAAGAUAGACACUUCUCAUGUAUAAAAAAAACUUGUGAACUGACGGCAACGUAGAUAUUCCGCCAUGGAGGACGCUCACACGAAAUCCGUGGAUGAAGUCCUAGGGUACUUCGGUACCGACCCAGACAAAGGCCUUAGUCCAGAUCAAGUUAAACGGAAUCAGGAUAAAUAUGGGCCAAAUGAACUGCCUGCGGAGGAGGGCAAAAGUAUAUGGCAGUUAGUCCUGGAACAAUUCGAUGACCUUUUAGUAAAGAUUUUGCUGUUAGCCGCUAUUAUUUCAUUCGUUUUAGCUUUAUUUGAAGAACACGAAGACGCAUUCUCCGCCUUCGUAGAGCCUUUUGUUAUUUUACUUAUUCUAAUCGCUAACGCUGUAGUAGGAGUAUGGCAGGAGAGAAAUGCCGAAUCCGCCAUCGAAGCUUUAAAAGAAUACGAACCCGAAAUGGGUAAAGUAGUCAGAGGAGACAAAUCCGGUGUACAGAAAAUCCGAGCCAAAGAAAUCGUACCCGGUGAUGUCGUUGAGGUGUCAGUCGGUGACAAAAUCCCCGCUGACAUCCGUCUCAUUAAGAUUUACUCGACCACUAUCCGUAUUGAUCAGUCCAUUUUGACCGGAGAGUCUGUCUCCGUCAUCAAGCACACUGAUGCCAUUCCCGACCCCCGCGCCGUCAACCAGGACAAAAAGAACAUUCUCUUCUCCGGUACCAAUGUCGCCGCUGGCAAAGCCCGUGGUGUGGUCAUCGGCACUGGUCUCAACACUGCCAUCGGUAAAAUCCGUACAGAAAUGUCCGAAACUGAGGAGAUUAAGACACCCUUGCAGCAAAAACUGGACGAAUUCGGUGAGCAGUUGUCUAAAGUCAUCUCAGUUAUCUGCGUUGCUGUAUGGGCCAUCAACAUCGGUCACUUCAACGACCCCGCUCACGGCGGAAGCUGGAUCAAGGGCGCCGUCUACUACUUCAAGAUUGCCGUCGCUUUGGCUGUCGCCGCUAUCCCCGAAGGUCUGCCCGCUGUCAUCACCACUUGUCUCGCUCUCGGUACCAGGCGUAUGGCUAAGAAGAACGCUAUCGUAAGGUCACUGCCCUCUGUGGAGACCCUUGGUUGCACAUCUGUCAUCUGCUCAGACAAGACCGGUACUCUAACCACUAACCAGAUGUCCGUUUCCCGUAUGUUCAUCUUUGAGAAGAUCGAAGGUAGCGACAGCAGCUUCCUUGAAUUCGAAAUCACUGGAUCCACCUACGAGCCUAUUGGCGACGUUUACCUUAAGGGUCAGAAGAUCAAGGCUGCUGAGUUCGACACUCUUCACGAAUUGGGCACUAUUUGCGUUAUGUGCAAUGACUCCGCUAUUGACUUCAACGAAUUCAAACAGGCUUUCGAAAAGGUUGGUGAAGCCACUGAGACCGCCCUUAUUGUCCUCGCCGAGAAAAUGAACCCCUUCAACGUCCCCAAGACUGGACUGGACCGCCGCUCUUGCGCUAUUGUUGUUCGCCAAGAAAUCGAAACUAAAUGGAAGAAAGAGUUCACUCUUGAAUUCUCCCGUGACAGGAAAUCUAUGUCCACUUACUGCACACCUCUUAAGCCUUCUCGUCUUGGCAAUGGACCCAAACUGUUCGUUAAGGGUGCACCUGAAGGUGUACUUGAUCGUUGCACACACGCACGUGUUGGAACUUCUAAGGUUCCUCUGAACUCUACCCUCAAGAACCGCAUUCUGGACCUCACCCGCCAGUACGGUACUGGUCGCGACACACUCCGUUGCUUGGCCCUUGCUACCGCUGACAGCCCACUGAAGCCUGAGGAAAUGGAUCUCGGAGACUCUACCAAAUUCUACACAUAUGAAGUCAACCUUACAUUCGUUGGUGUAGUAGGCAUGUUGGACCCCCCACGUAAAGAAGUAUUCGACUCCAUUGUCCGCUGCCGUGCUGCUGGUAUCAGAGUUAUCGUCAUCACUGGUGACAACAAAGCCACCGCGGAAGCUAUUUGCAGGCGUAUUGGAGUAUUCACUGAAGAUGAAGACACCACUGGCAAAUCUUUCUCUGGUCGUGAAUUCGAUGACUUGCCCGUAUCUGAGCAGCGCGCUGCCUGUGCCAAGGCUCGCUUGUUCUCCCGUGUAGAGCCCGCCCACAAGUCCAAGAUCGUUGAGUUCUUGCAGAGCAUGAACGAAAUCUCCGCUAUGACUGGUGAUGGUGUGAACGACGCCCCCGCUCUUAAGAAGGCUGAAAUCGGUAUUGCUAUGGGAUCUGGUACCGCCGUCGCUAAGUCUGCCGCUGAGAUGGUGUUGGCCGACGACAACUUCUCUUCCAUCGUCGCCGCUGUUGAAGAAGGUCGUGCCAUUUACAACAACAUGAAGCAGUUCAUCCGUUACUUGAUCUCCUCCAACAUUGGUGAAGUAGUCUCCAUCUUCUUGACUGCUGCCCUGGGUCUCCCUGAAGCUCUGAUCCCCGUACAACUGUUGUGGGUCAACCUUGUCACUGACGGUCUGCCCGCUACUGCCCUUGGUUUCAACCCACCUGAUCUCGACAUCAUGGACAAACCACCCCGUAAGGCUGAUGAGGGUCUGAUCUCUGGAUGGCUGUUCUUCAGGUACAUGGCUAUUGGUGGUUACGUCGGUGCUGCUACCGUCGGCGCUGCCUCAUGGUGGUUCAUGUACUCUCCUUACGGCCCACAAAUGACCUACUGGCAACUUACCCACCACUUACAGUGCCUCAGUGGAGGUGAUGAGUUCAAGGGCAUCGACUGCAAAAUCUUCACUGACCCUCACCCUAUGACCAUGGCCUUGUCCGUAUUAGUAACAAUUGAAAUGUUGAACGCCAUGAACAGUUUGUCUGAGAACCAGUCGCUCGUGACCAUGCCACCCUGGUCCAACAUGUGGCUGGUGGGCUCCAUGGCUCUCUCCUUCACCCUUCAUUUCGUCAUCUUGUACGUCGAGGUGCUGUCGGCCGUGUUCCAAGUGACGCCGCUGUCCGUCGACGAGUGGGUGACGGUGAUGAAGUUCUCAGUGCCCGUGGUGCUGCUGGACGAGGUUCUGAAGUUCGUGGCGCGCAAGAUCUCCGACGGUGAGAAGCGUUCGCAGCUGAUGCACUGGCUGGACGGCAUGCAAUGGAUUGUGGUCAUGUGGGCCGUGUUCUUUGGCAUCAUCAUCUACGGCCCCCUAUAAGCGGCCCGCCCCGUGUGCCGUGCCACCACCCCGUUUGAUUCACAUCUAAUACCUUCCUACCGAUUCCUGCGCCACCCACCUAUUCUAUUCAUGUUACAGUUUACAUUUUCUAUUCUCAUGAUAAGUUAUUUCUGGUGUGGGUAGCGCAUGGAAUUUAACUGUGGAAACCGAUAGACUUUGAGCCGCGCUCACCACAGUUUCAGUCAUCUAACAGUUUGGAAUGCUAAUUCUGGCGCACAUGGUGUGAAGUGAUGCCCUAGUGCCCCCAGUGCACGUCCCCGGCCCGGUGUUGGACAGCCAGGACUGCGAUGUGAGUGACAGUGCUAGUGAGUGCCGCCGGACUAGCGAUCUAAGUGUAGUUGUCUGUACUGCUUAGGUAGAUCUUACAGAGCCGUGGCAGCGCACUGCGCCCCGCUCUAGUGAUUAUGCAUUUUGUAUGUGCGAGACAAUAAAUUUAUUGGAGCUCAUUUUUUUACAAAUUUGUGAGUUCAACUUUCUUCCUUUUACUGAGUACAUAUACAUAAUAUUAUACACUUAUUUGAUGUGAAGAGGCUGUGAAGACCUUCAUUAUUAUAAAUGCUAACUAAUGAAACACCAAAAAUUGGUUUUAUUGAAAGUAUUUAUAAGUUAGAUUAAUUGCAUUUGAUACAUUUUGUAUACAGUAGCAUGAAAGCUCCUCAUUCAAAUAUAAUAAUAUAAUGAACUCGCACAUAGCUCAGUACCUUGUCCAGUUGGACAGCAGACAUGUUAUAAAACAUACUAUUAAUUGAUAGUAAUGUGCAUUGUUAGCUUAGUGUAAUUUAUCGUAAGUGUAUUAUUAGGGACGUGGUUACAAUUAUUCUCUCAGCAUAGGUAGUAAUCAAAAGAAUGUCUUUCUCCUCUGUCCUUUCACUGUGGUCGCUUCUUAACAUUCCUAUAUGCAUUUCGUUUUUCUUAUAUCAAACCUUGUUUGGUACUCAGAAGCGCUCUUAUUAUUAAUCUAAGCUAAUAUUAAUUAACAAAGUUUUAUGAAUGUGUCCCUAGGCUGAACUAACCUUAUGCCUUAGUGUGAACAUGGUGGACUAUAUAUAGACUGGCAGAAAGCUACACAGCAGUAGUGGGCAGUACUUAGCCACAGGAUGGCAGUUACUCUGAUUGUGUUUGUCUGUAGCUAUCGCCACUAUAUACAGUCCGUCAUGUGCACCCUUCGUAGCUCAAGUAAUAUGUCUUCAACUAUUUACUCGAGCUACAUGAGACCUUCAUGUAUUACAUCGAAAAAUAUUAUCAUGUCAAGCCUUGUUUCAAUAUAAUUAUUACAUAUUAUUAACAUUUUUGUACUGUGUAAAAUGUAUGUUUUUUACAUUAUUUACGACACAAUAAUUUAUUGAAAAAAAGCAAUAAUUAUAGUCUUAUGUAUGUACAAACUUAAAUUGGCUUAAUGAUCCCAUGUACGGUAUAGCACUUCUAUUUAUAUAUUCAUUAAUUGAUGUAAUUUUUGUUGUCUCCUAUUUAUUGAAAUAACCAUUUAUAUCAAUUAUAUUUUACCAUUGAGACAUAAUAUUACUUUUUAAGUUUAUAAAACCUGAUCCAAAAUUUGUUAGUAAGUGUGGUACAAGGUCAGUAUGUGCGUAUGUGUUUUAUUUUUACUAUAUAUAAUUAAAAAUAAUAAAAUUUGCAUGUAAACAUUGCAUGGUUUAUGACUUAUAAAGAGUGCAGUGAGUUUUUUUUUUAUAUAAUGCAUUAACAAUACAUUAUAUUUAUAGUAUAAUAUUAUAAAUUAUGUGCACCUAUUCCGAAUCUACAAUAAUUAAUUUGUCACAAUUGAAAGGAUGCAGCCGUCGAUAGUUUAUUUAUUUAAUGUGUCUUUUCUAUAUGCAACACACAUUACCUGUCGAACAAUAUCACCAACACAGCACAUUGACGUGCCAGCAUACUAUAGAGAUAUCUUGAAACUACCUAUUGCCUUCUUCAACUAUCUACCAAACGUUUAUCCCACUCUUACACUGCACAAUUAAGGGCAUGCUCAAAAACCUUUGUUGUGAAUGUCCCCUUGAAAUCCUGGAACUUGUUGCGUUUAUCAGAUUAACUUAUUGAAAUGUACAGUCGUUUAUACAUUUUACAUAUUAAAAUAGUCAACAAUAUUAAUGUUUGAAUUAUUUCCCUUCACACUCCAGUAGUGACACUACAUGACACGUCCCUUGUUUAUGAAAUCUAUACCACCCUAUGUAUUUGUACCCCAUGUUGUCCUUGGCAUACAAAUAAUUUUUAAUCACUAUUUCUAUUCCUACCUAACAAUUUGACAUAACAAGUUUUGCAACCUCAAGUUUGAUCUGAUUUGCGUUGCAAAUGGUGCUUCAGCCUGUAACAUGCAAGUUACAGUUUGAACACCAUUUACAACUUUAUUGGUAACCAAAGCGAUAAAGUAUCGUCACAAAACUAAUUAAACAAUGGUUACAAAGUAAGUAACAAAACGAUUGUUUUUAAAUUGCAAAACUUGGUUGGUUGAUGGUAGCGCCACGGCAGGAACGGUCCGUGGCGUGUUCCGCGCACGAUCCCCGCAUGCUCUAACGUGGUGUUGUCCUUGUGUCCCCAGCCCAGCCGACGUGGAAGCUGUAAGCGCCGGAACGCCGUCGCAGCGCCACUGCACGCACAUAUUCCAUGAACACUCAUUGUUUGUUGUGAUCCCGCAGUGAAACUACACAUUUAAUGUAACUACGACACGGUUGUGAUAUCUGCAUAAGACCUAGUAAGUUCGGACGGCAGCCCCCGCUCGAGCGCACACAACACUAACACUCUCGUUGUUUUGCAGCGAACGAGGUGGUCAUUGACAAGUGGUAAACGCCACCGAAUCAUAGUUCCUCACCCGCUUCUCUCAGCUACUUCUACCGCUCUCGUCUCCCGAUGUAAUAUUAAUUGGCUUUAGAUGUGUGCGAAUUAUAAAACGCGUCACGUAAGACUACAAUUAGGCUAGGCUAGAUAGGCCAGGGCCAGCGGUGGAGGAGAGGCGCGAGUGGUGGAUGCGGCGACGAGGCGGGCCGGGGCGCCGCCCCCCGUCCACCUGCUCACCUGCGCUAGUUCACCAGAGGGGACAUAAUGUUGUUCAUAAUGUGUAUAUACUACAGUAUGCUUAGGAGGUUUAAUCAAUUUGUUAUAUUACGUUGUUCUAAUUAAAGACUACAUGGUGCCCGUCGACAAAAGCAGUGCGAUAGACGAUGUGUACUUAAGUUGAGAGCACUCAUUAAUUUAUUGUUAUAUUUUUAUUAUCUUAUAAUCUAGUUUGCUUAUCUAGAGUCGAGUCAUUUCUAUUAGUGCUGACGCCUCGACGAGCAAUAUGGUGUCUGCAAGGGAAGGAUAAUUACAUGAUUGUCCAGUGUUUGGGACCUGAGUCCAAAAGUUUAAACAUACCUGUACAUUUUAAUGUAUUAUUGUUUUGUACAAUAAAUCGUUAUAAACGACAA